GAAGAGCCACGUCAUCCUCGAGGCAGCGCAGAAGAAAGGGACGUCUCAGUCAGUUCGCUGAAUCCCAGAUCUCCAUUUCCAUUUUUCUAAUCCAAGAACGUCUUUUUCCUCCUAAAAAUCUCGUUUUUGGACGUAGAUUACUCGCAAAACUUCAUCUUUCGCUCGUUUUUCGUCGAUUUGCACAGCGACGAGGGGUUAAAAUAAUCGGAACAGGAGGGAAAAAGGCGGUAGCGAUUCCUUGAAGCUGCAGCAAAAUCCACGCUCUGUAUCCGAAUCCACUCUCCCUCUGCUGCAAAGAUAAGUUUUUGGUCCUUUUGGAUGAGUAUUUCAACCUUUGCCCCAUCUUCUCCGCAGUGGAAGAAAGAAAACUGGCGUGAGCUCUACCCUUUAGCCUAGGGUUUUUUGCCCUUCCUGUUUGGUUCGGCACAUCGGCGUUUCCGUUUGAUUCGGCUGGAUUUUAACUAUGGCGCUGUUUAGGAAGCUCUUUCACCGAAAGCCACCGGAUGGGCUGCUGGAGAUUUCCGAGAGGGUUUACGUGUUCAAUUGUUGCUUCGCAACUGAUGUCUCCAAGGAAGAUGAGUAUAGGUUCUACAUUGGAAGCAUUGUGGCGCAACUUCAGGAACAAUUCCUAGACACCUCUUUUAUGGUGUUUAACUUCCGGGAGGGAGAUAGCCAAAGUCAGAUUUCCAGUAUAUUAUCAGAGUAUGAAAUGACUGUGAUGGACUAUCCACGGCAAUACGAAGGAUGCCCAUUGCUCUCCAUGGAAAUGAUUCACCAUUUCUUGAGGUCAAGUGAAAGUUGGCUCUCAUUGUCUCGACAGAAUGUCUUGUUGAUGCAUUGUGAGCUAGGUGGUUGGCCAGUUCUAGCAUUUAUGUUGGCUGCACUUCUAGUUUAUCACAAACGGUAUGCAGGAGAAUGGAGGACGUUAGACAUGAUUUACAAGAAAGCCCCUCAUGAGCUGAUGCACUUGCUAUUACCUUUAAAUCCACUGCCCUCCCAACUGAGAUACUUGCACUAUAUCUCGAGAAGAAAUACUGACUCAGAAUGGCCUCCUCUUGAUCGGGGUCUUACUUUGGACUGUGUUAUUCUUAGGUUUAUUCCAGAUUUUUAUGGAACAGGUGGAUACAGGCCAUUAUUCCAAAUAUAUGGGCAGGAUCCCUUUCUUGCUGCCGAUCGGGCUCCAAAAGUGCUAUUCUCAACACCCAAAAAGAGCAAGUUAGUCCGCUUCUACAAACAGGAAGAUUGUGAACUUGUUAAAAUUGAUAUACAUUGUCAUAUUCAAGGAGAUGUGGUGAUAGAGUGCAUCGGUUUGGAGGACGAUCUAGAACACGAGGAGAUGAUGUUUAGAGUGAUGUUCAAUACUGCCUUUAUUAGGUCUAACAUUUUGAUGCUAGAUCGUGAUGCGGUAGAUAUCUUGUGGGAUGUCAAAGAUCGGUUUCCAAAGAAUUUCAGAGUUGAGGUUCUCCUUUCAGAGAUGGAUACAUCUAAUUCACCUCCAUCUUUGGAGUCAAUGAAUGUCCAGAAAAAGGGGGAGUUUCCGAUUGAAACAUUUUCUGAAGUGAAGGAAACAUUUAACAAUAUGAAUUGGCUGGAAACAAAACCAGAUACUGCGUCAGAAGUUCUUCAGCAGAUUGGUUCUUCAAAGGCUCUUCAAGAUAAGUUGGAUGCAGUUUCUCCACCGAAAUCUGGGAAUGAUGUUAUUCUAACAGAAUUAGGUCCAGAUGUGCUGUGUGAGGAUGCCCUUUCUAGUGAAACCACAAGUGCAAGGUUAUUAUCCUCUUUCCCUAAGAGGUAUUCUGUUCCACUCCACAAAAUUUCUGAUUCAAAUGCAAAGAACAAUGUUGAAAUGCAUGGCCUCCAGAUUCCAAAGAAACUUCCUUCUCAGAUUAAAAUAAUAUCCCAAAGAAUUCCGGUAUCUCGGUCAACUCCUGCCUUUUCUUCUAAUUCUAUUCCAGGCUUUCAUCCAACUGUUUCAAGGUAUCAUAGUGCAUCAUCAGAUCUUGGAAUUAUGGCUCUGCUCAAUGACCAUACUUCUGAUAGCUCUGAAGUUGCUCACACAACAAAGUUUGCUUCAGCACUUGCAAGCAUUUCAGCUUCUGGAUCUACCAUUUCCUCUGAUUCACGACAACUCCGAUCAUCAUCAUUAUUAACGACUUCAGCAAGCUGUGCAAAAGAAGGUUCACUGUCACCACAACGACUGUCAUCAGCACCACAAUCAACAAUUUCAGCUAGCUGUUCAACAAAAGCCUCACUAGCACCUACCCAUUGCCCUCCACCUCAACCACUUAGAGUAACUUCAUCGGAAUCUUGUCCUGUUCCUCCUCCACCCCCACCAAAAAUGACUUCACUUGCUUGUCUACCUAUCCCUUCUUCUCCUCCACGUCCACCACUGCUAACAAAAGUGACCUCACUUGUUCACACACCUGUCCCUUCUCCACCACCACCACCUCUUAAUCGUGUGCAUGCUAGAAAAACUGAAGCUUGUGUCGGUCACAAACCACCAUUUAAAAGCUCUAGCUUAGAAGUGCCACCAUCACCUGCUUGGAAGAUAUCAGAGUCACAUGCUUCUGUUCUUACUAUUCCUUCUCACCAUAGACAUUCUGUUCAAUCACUAACAUCAAUUCCUUCUCCACCUCCUCCUCCUUUGAAAGGCACAUCAUCGUACCCUUCCUUUUCAACCUUGAAAAAAACUGCUGCUUCAUCAGUUGCACAUCAGGUAGCCUCAGCGAUCAUAGCAAGUAAGACACCACCCAACCCCUCUCCACCACCUUUGAUUACCUUGCUGAGUCCUAAUACCGACAUUUUGCCACUGAGAAAAGGAAAUGAUACUUCUUCUGUUCCUUCUCCACCACCUCCUCCAUGCCCUAUCUCAGCAAUUGCAAUGUCAGCACUACCUCAACCACCUCACAUAUUAUCAAACAAUUCUGGUGGUUUUGCUACCAAAAUAUCAGCUCCAUCUGUACCACUUCCUCCUGCACCUCCAAAUUCCUUGCAGAGCCUUACUAUUCCUAACUCUUCUGCAGCUAAUGGAAUUAACUUUGACGCAAUACCUCCCCCUCCCCCUAGUGGCAUCAGUGCUCCUUCAUUAGAGGGGAAGGGACGGCUCCCUGCUAGAACUCCUAAUUUCAGAAAUUUGCAGCCUAGCCAGUCUUCAUCAAAAAAGUGUAACUUGAAGCCAUUGCAUUGGAUUAAAGUAGCACGAGCAGCACAAGGAAGCCUUUGGGCUGAGUCACUAAACACAGAUGAAUUUUCUAAGUCACCAGAGUUUGAUAUGUCUGAAUUGGAGAGUCUUUUUUCAGCAGCACUGCCAACACCUGAUGCUCGAGGUGCAAGUUCCAGGGGUGGGCGUUCCACUGGCCCAAAAUCUGACAAAGUUCAUCUGAUUGAUCUCAGACGGGCUAAUAAUUGUGAAAUCAUGCUUACCAAGGUUAAGAUGCCAUUAAAUGAUUUAAUGAGUUCGGUUCUCGCCCUUGAUGAUUCUGUUUUAGAUGCUGACCAGCUGGAUAACCUCAUAAAGUUUUGCCCUACAAAGGAGGAAAUGGAACUACUCAAGGGUUACGGUGGAGACAGAGAAAAUUUAGGGAAAUGUGAGCAGUAUUUCUUGGAGCUGAUGAAAGUCCCUCGAGUGGAAUCUAAGUUAAGAGUCUUCUCGUUUAAAAUCCAGUUUCGCUCCCUGAUUGCUGAUCUUAAAGGCAACCUGAACAUCGUCAAUUCUGCUUCACAAGAGAUCAGAAGUUCUGUUAAGUUGAAAAGAAUCAUGCAGACAAUUCUGUGUUUGGGAAAUGCAUUAAACCAAGGAACCGCCAGGGGUUCUGCAGUUGGAUUCAGAUUGGAUAGCCUUCUCAAACUGACAGAUACACGAGCACGUAACAACAAGAUGACGCUUAUGCAUUAUCUGUGCAAGGUUCUUGCAGAGAAGCUACCUGAACUUCUUGACUUUCCAAAAAAUCUUGUUAGCUUGGAAGCUGCAGCAAAGAUGCAGUUGAAGAUUUUGGCCGAAGAAAUGCAAGCGAUAAACAAAGGCCUUGAGAAGGUCGAACAGGAACUAACAGCAUCCGAACACGAUGGUCAUGUUUCGCAAGGUUUCCGUGAGAUGCUGAAGGAGUUUUUGAUUUGUGCCGAAGCAGAAGUUAGAGCCUUAAUUUCUCUUUAUUCGAAUGUGGGUAGGAAUGCUGAUGCAUUAGCUCUUUACUUCGGAGAAGAUCCUGCACGGUGUCCAUUCGAGCAAGUUGUCUCGACGCUUCUCAACUUUGUUAAAAUGUUCAUGCGUGCCCACGAAGAGAACUGCAAACGACUAGAGUUGGAGAAGAAAAAGGCACAGAAAGAAGAAGUCGAGAAGCCAAAGAUGUCCAAUUCGAAGAAAGAGCAGAUACGAAACAGUUGGUGCUUUCACCAUUAGAUCGCGCGAAAUUCCUCUUCACCUGAGGAUGAUCGAAGGACAGGAUUCCUAUAUAGAACAUGACAAAGGAAACUAUCUCAGUUCUACAAACUGAGUAUGUAGUACAUGGAGCUAUCCUUGCGGCUGAAAUCCUUCGCUACGCAAAGGAAGAGCAGAUCAGAAUGCUUUGUCGGGCCGCCAUGUACAGAUUGCUAACCCAAACCUAUCUGAGUUAUGGUCACUUCAACAGGUUUUUGUUUGUCAAAUAUGAUGAUAUACAAUUUUCUCGCAUCUUGUUUCACAAGUGAUGAUAUAACAAAUAAGUUUUGAUAUGUACUCUUCUAACAAUGUGAGCAAUGAACACUAAAUAUAUGAAUACA